AUUACCAAACCUGAUAACAUUAGAUACGAUACUUACAAUAAGAGAGAAGAAAUAUUAGGAUAAAUGGAUCAUUAAGAGUAAUAACUUUUGGGGUGAUUUGUUAUAGUGUGAUAGGAGUAGGAUCCAAAGUGUGUUGAGAUAAAUAUAAAGAUUAUAUCCGAAUUAACUUAUUAAUAGAAUUUAAGAUGUUCUAUAUUCUUACCCUGGCUUGAAGGAUGAACAAAUAUUUCUUUUACACAUCCCUUGGUGACCUUAUCUGUGAAGGGGUACUAAGAUAGGGAAACCAUUUAUCAAACUCACUGUGAUAUGGAGAGUUCUCAAAUAAUAACAUGUAAAAUGUUUAAAGAACAAUUAUUUCCAAACAUUGAUCCCACUAGGAUAGUGCUUAAAACUUUUUUCUUUAAGAAAAAAAUACUGUAAGAAAAUUGUCUUUUACUUUUGAAAAUGCCAAAUUAUUUAUACUGACCAUGAAUUUGUAUACUAACACGGGAUAAUUCAGGCAGAUUUCCACCUAGAGCAUUCCAGACAAUCCCUGCAUACAGAUUCUGUGAUAUUUUUCUUCUUACAUGACUUGGCCUGUUGUGUAUGUGCUGGCUUUCAGGACAUAGCACAGGAUGAUUUAAGAGGAGGUUUUCUUUUUGUGCCUAGGGAAAUUAUACAGGAAAGUAGGCGCUCUAAUUUAGAACCUGAUUUCUCCACAGUUUUUGUCUCAACAGAAAUGUCAGGAAUGGCUAAAGAGAAUCGCUCCUUGACAACUGAGUUUAUCCUCAAAGGAUUUACGGAUCACCCAGACCUGAAGGCCCUUCUGUUUGUGGGGUUCUUUGCUAUUUAUCUGAUCACCAUGGUGGGGAAUCUUGGUUUGGUGGUGUUGAUUUUCAUGGAGCGCCGUCUCCACACACCCAUGUACAUCUUUCUGGGCAACCUGGCUCUGAUGGAUUCCUGCUGUUCCUGUGCCAUUACCCCCAAGAUGUUAGAGAACUUCUUUUCUGAGGACAGAAUGAUUUCCCUCUAUGAAUGCAUGGCACAAUUUUAUUUUCUCUGUCUUGCUGAAACUGCGGACUGCUUUCUCCUGGCAGCAAUGGCCUAUGAUCGCUAUGUGGCAAUAUGUCGUCCACUGCAGUACCACACCAUGAUGUCGAAGAAACUCUGCAUUCAUAUGACCAUAGGGUCCUUCAUAGCUAGUAACCUGCAUUCCAUGAUUCAUGUUGUGCUUCUAUUAAGGUUAACCUUCUGCAGGUCUAAUCAAAUUGAUCACUUUUUUUGUGAUAUUUUGCCAUUGUACAGACUAUCCUGUACUGACCCAUUUAUUAAUGAACUAAUGAUAUAUAUUUUUUCAAUGCCUAUUCAAGUCUUCACCAUUGCCACUGUCUUCAUCUCUUAUCUCUGCAUCCUUUUCACCAUUUUCAGAACUAAACCCAAAGAGGGGAGAGGUAAAGCCUUUUCUACCUGUGCAUCUCACUUUCUCUCUGUCUCAAUAUUCUACAUUUGUCUUCUCAUGUAUAUUCGACCAUUUGAAGAAGGGGAUAAAGAUAUACCAGUGGCAAUUUUUUAUACAAUAGUAAUUCCUUUACUAAAUCCUUUUAUUUACAGUCUGAGAAAUAAGGAGGUGAUAAAUGCUUUAAAAAAAAUCAGGAGGAACUAUAAUAUUCUUAAACAAACUUUAUCCUCUACAACAAAUUGAAGUUAAUUUACUAAAAUCUUCCAUUAAAAAAGAAAAAUAUGUUUUAUAAAAAAUAUUAAUCUCUAAGCCAUUAGGCUGUGUUUGUUAAGAUGUGAAUGACUGGAAUUUCCAUUCUGCCAGACCUUAAUCCAAUAUUUUAUAUGUUUAUUGGCCAUUUUCAUUUCUUCUAUGGACUGUUCAUUUUUCCUUGGUUUUACCAAUUUUUUCCUCAUUUAUUUGUACCACUGCAGAUAGAGAAGAUAUUAAAAUGGUGUGACUAUUAGUGGCAAAUAGUUUCUCAGUGUGUUGAUAGUCUUUUGAUAUUUGUUUGUGAUAUUUAUAUUUGAUAAACAUUUUAAUGUGAUAUAAUCACAUUUAUUGUUUUUUUCUUAGGUGGUUUAUUUUAUGCUUAUUUGUUUAGAAUUUCUUUCCUUAAUCUGAGGUCUGAUAUUAACUAAUAUUUCUUUUUCUCUUUUUCUUCUUCAUUGUCUCCUCCUCUUUCUUUCUGCCUUUCUCUUCUGAUAGUUUAAAUUUACUUUUGACUCUUAAUACUUCCUGAAACUUAUUUAGCACAUGGCAUGAGUUGAGGAUGUACCUUUUCUUUCUUUUUUUUUAACCUGUGUCUUCCAAAAUAGUCCACAGAUCUUAGUUUGAAUAAAUAUUAAAGGAGGACUUCUUUGGGAACCAGAAAAAGUCAUGCUACAAUUUUCUAGAAUUCCUUAAAAAAAAAAAAAGCAAUAAAGCAAAUACUUUGUGUACUAAAUAUUAAAAUAUACGAUGAAGCUCUAAUAUUUAAAACCGUUAACUUUUAGAUCAAGAAUCAAUAGAUGGAUCAAUCAAACAGAUCAUAUAAUUCAAAAGUAAAUUUCUGCAUUAAAAAAAAAUUGCCAUUGAGUCAUUCCAACUCAUAGCCACCCUAUAAGACAGAGCAGAACCACCUCAUUGAGUUUCCAGGGAGCAGCUGGUGGAUUUGAACUGACAACCUUCUGGUUUGCAGUUAUAGCACUUAACCACUACACCACCAGGGUUUCCAGAAAAUAAGAAGUGCACUAUAAAUCAAUGAAGAAAGAUAUGUUCAUUUAAAAAAUGGUUCUAUGUCAAUAAGUUAACUGUUUAUCUUUUCCAUUUAUGUUGAAAUUUAUAUGCCCCCUUCAUUCAGAGAUUAUUUUAUAAACAUAAUUUGUAUUCCCUUUUUUUUAUAGCAGUAAUUUUUAUAUAUACCAUUUUCAUUCAGCUGGAAUUUAUUUUUAAAUGUUGUGAAGUAAGAAUUAAAAUUUGAUUUAUAAUAGAUAACAAGUAGCUCCAGAAGCAUUUCUUAACUAGUUCUUCCCUUACUCACCAAUUUCACAUGCCGUCUUUUUACAUGUGUACACUCACAUGUACGUGCACAUAAACCGAAAACCAGUCCCAAUGCCGUCAAGUGGAUUCCAACUCACAGCGACCCUACAGGACAGAGUAGAACUGCCCCAUAGGGUUUCCAAGGAGCACCUGAUGGGUUAGAAAUGCUGACCUUUUGGUUAGCAGAAGAACACUUAACUAGUGUGCCACCAGGGCUCCAUACAAGCACAUAUGAGGUCUAU